GACCAAUCGAGCUGCUGAGCCGGUGACGCUGAGGAGGGCCGUCCGUCAGUGCGCCUGCAUUCAUAAACGGAUGUGAUAAGUGUUGAUUGUACUGUACAGAGACGAAACUUGCGGACCAUGGCGGAAGAAGACGACACGAAAAUACGGAUUUUGCAGAGCCUCCGAGGAAAGAUCUGCGAAGCAAAGAAUCUUGGUCCGUGCUCAGGGCCCAACCGCCUCCGUGACCUCUGCACCUUCUGUACCAUCAGUCUGGACCAGGAAGAAGUAUACCGCACAAAAGUCUUUGAAAAGAGUGUCAGUCCAUUCUUUGGAGAGGACUUCUACUUCGAGAUUCCCCGCCCGUUCCAAUGCCUGUCCUUUUAUGUGUAUGCCAAGGGCAUUUUUCUAAGGGAUUUACCUGUAGGGAAAGUAGCUAUCAGGAAAGAAGAUCUAUAUAAGUACAGUGGGAAAGAGAACUGGUUUCUCUUGCAGCCUGUGGACCCACACUCAGAAGUUCAGGGGAAGGUUCAUUUAGAGAUGAAGCUGAAUGAGUUGAUCACAGAUACGGGAUCCGUCAGCCAACAGCUUGUCGUUCAGAUAAUUGCGUGUCAGGGUUUGCCAUUGAUAAGUGGGCAGAACUGUGACCCGUACGCCACAGUAACACUUGUUGGGCCAGCCAGGUGUGAUCAGAAAAAAACAAAGGUAAAGAAGAAAACCAGCGACCCUCAGUUUGAGGAGACCUUCCACUUUGAGUUUCAGGUCACAAGGUCAAGCAGUUUCAAGGGGAAGUCCCAUUUUCAGGUAGAAGAGGAGGACAUAGAGAAACUAGAGAUUAAGGUAGAGCUGUGGAAUAAUGGUAACUUGGCACAGGACGUGUUCCUCGGGGAGACCAGAGUAUCUGUGAAAGUCCUUAGAAACGACCAUUCGCACAGAGCAUGGUACUUACUGCAGCCUAAAGGAAAUGGUACGAAGUCUAAACCUGAUGAUCUUGGUUCGCUACGACUGAAUGUAACGUACACAGAGGACAACGUUCAUCCCUCGGCAUGCUACAAUGCCCUCCGCAACCUAAUGCUCAAAUCCCCAGAUGUCAAGCCAAUCUCAGCGUCUGCAGCUCAUGUUCUGGGAGAUGUUUGCAGGGAGAGUGUGGGGUAUGAAGCUCUGCUUCCUGUGGUCAGACUGCUGCUCCAUCACAACAGACUGCUGCCCUUCCUCACCGCUGUAGCCGCACUGGAGCUAGAGAACACACAAGAGGCCAACACCAUAUUCAGAGGGAAUUCUCUGGCCACUCGCUGCAUUGAUGAUAUGAUGAAGAUUGUGGGCCGAAGUUACUUGACUGUCACCCUAAAACCUGUUCUUAAUGAGAUCUUUGAAACAAAUAAAACCUGUGAGAUCGACCCCAUCAAGCUGAAAGAGGGUGACAAUGUGGAGGUCAACAAGGAAAAUCUGCAGGGAUACGUACAGAAGUUGUUUACGUCCAUAACGCAGUCCAGCUCCAGCUGUCCUCCCCUAAUGUGUGACGUCUUCAGAUCACUCCGACAGCUCGCUUCUAAACGCUUUCCAGUGGAUCCUCAUGUGCAGUACUCUGCUGUCAGUAGUUUCAUCUUUCUGCGGUUCUUUGCGGUGGCUGUGCUCUCUCCACACACCUUCCAGCUGCGAUCGCAUCAUCCUGACCCUGAAAUUACACGUACUCUUACACUCAUCUCUAAAACCAUCCAGUCUCUGGGCAGUUGGGGCAGCCUUUCCAAGAACAAACUGUCUAGCUUUAAAGAAUCCUAUAUGUACGAUUUCUUCAAGUUAUUCCAAGAAGAUGAAUGUAUAGAAAAAGUUAAAAAGUUCUUAGAUGAGAUCUCGUCUAAUAUGUCUAAUGAGUCCAGUGGAGUGGAGGACUCAUUCGUGCUGAAGGAAGGAGAGGUACAUAAACGAGCCCAGGGCAGAAAGCGAAUAGGAAAGAAGAACUUUAAGAAACGCUGGUUACGAGUGACCAAUCAAGAGCUGUCUUAUCACAAACUAAAGGGGUUUACAGCGUUACGUCGUCAAGCCAACAAAGUUGUAAAAUUGGAUAUAACUUUACACAGAAAAGGGAAAGAAGCCCUGUGUGUUAUUCCUGUGAAAAACAUCCUCGGUGUUGAGAAACUGGAAGAAAGUGCCUUUAAUCGCAAAAACAUGUUUCAGGUAAUUCAUUCAGAGAAGCCUCUGUACGUUCAGGCGGGGAACUGCGUGGAGGCCAACAGCUGGAUCGAGGUGUUGAGUCAGGUCAGCCGCUGUAACUCGGGGCGACUCAGUGCAUUUCACCCCUCCGCUUACGUCAGUGGAUCCUGGUUAUGCUGCAAGGAACCCUACGAAAAUGCCCAGGGAUGCAAACCCUGCACUGUGACAGUGCUGGCUAAUAUUCAACUGGACAUCGAUUGUGAUAGAGAGACAGAACGAAUCUUCUCUUUCUUCUCGUCCAACCUCUCUAGACUGCAGAAGAUGGAGGAUGCCUGUGCCGGUAUGUCCGUGUAUCUCGGGCAGCAGAAGGAGCAGGAGGAGUAUUCAGCCUUCACUAUACAGGACCCGAAAGAGACCUUCCGCACCAUUAAUGAGAUCAGAGCUGUGCUGGAAGAACUGCAGGCUCACCACGACUCAAAGGGGGCGCUAACCGACGAACCAGGCACUAUUGAGAAUCCUAUAGUGGGAAAGACAGCGUAACGUUGUGGCUGAAGGAUCAAGUGGUAAUGACAGCCACACAAGUAGACGGCACUGUGUUUGUCGACCUAGAGGAGUACAGCCCUACAGAAUGACAAAGCACCGAGAACGUUCAGAGAGCCACUGCCGUUCCACACGUGACUGGGCCUAACCUCUCCAGCAACGGCCUGAUGUAUUGUGCACAUGGAAGAAUUUAGCCAGUCAGUCAUUGGAAAAAUCAUGCUCUUUUCUCUGUGUGCCUGUCCCGUCUCAGUCUUAUAUCAGUUUUUUAAGAUUGUCCAGUACCUCAUGUGUCAGUUGGCACAGUAAGAAAACAUUCUCAUCACUUCUUCUCCAUUCCUAACCAGGCUGUGAAAGUCCAGACACCACAAGUCUGUGAGAAAUUUUAGCUGCUAAAAUACUCUUUGAACAAACUGAACCUUUCUCAGUUAAAUUAAUUCUCAGAGUCUGUUCAGGCCUUGGUUGUCGGAUCUUUUUGACAGCAAAAUAACUGUAUGUCAAAGGGAAUAUUGGUUUUAUUAUUAUUUUUCCUUUUAUAUCAUUCUCUAUCUGUCUGGAUUUCUAUCUGUAGUGGAUAGAAUUAAUCUGCCUUAUAAAAUCAGUGGAGGUACUUACAAUCCCACCUGUGUAUGAAUUAGGGACUAAUGCAGAAGCACUUUAGAUAUUUGGAAUCUUCCAGAUGUUAUUGUUUUAGAUACGUGGUAUCAACCUUUUUGCCCCCAAUAUUGAUCAGUUACAUGAUCAGCUAAUGUUGUGUAGAUACAAACAUAUCCUGUAGAUUUUUACUAGCUAUUUUUCUUACACCAAAGAAGUUGUUUUGUAGGCUUUCAUGACUUGAAAAAAGGUAUACAUGUAGUUUUCUAAUGACAGGAAUUUUAAAAAAGGCAAGUGGAUAUCUAUUUUUGUUGGCAUACAUUUUGGGGACAUCAUCAAUUUUUAUAAAUCAAGAAGAAUUUUUCAAUCAGUCCAUCUUUGAAAUUUCCCCCAUUACAAAAUUUGGGAUAUUUUAUUGUAUGCUGUCAUAAUUAUAAAUCGUUUGCUCAGAAUUCUGCUCUACAAGACACAACCACCGGUUUUAUGUUUGCUUUGUCACAGUUGUGUUAUAUUAUUGUGGUGUAUUUGUCGUGAAUGUUGAAUCCCACCUUCUGAUUCAUACAGGUCUACAUAUUGAUUGAUUCUUAAAGUGGGUCUGAAAUUACACCAUUCCCAACCCUACAAGAACACUGGGGUCUAGAAAUCAGAGACCACAUUGAAAAUCUGGGAUUAUUAUUUUUUUUUAUUAUUUUAUUUUUUUUUCAUUUAAACCUAGAAAUAAAAAAAGACAUUUGAAAAAUAUAUGAGUUAAAUAAAUAUUCUAGGUCAAUAAUGUAAGCAGAUUUGUGACAUUGACCAUGUUAACUCCUUUCUCAUAGGUCUGUCAAUUAAUUAAUUACAUGAUAUGCUGAUUGAUUAAUCAAAUGAAUCGCAUAUAUCAAUAUUUGCCUAGAAAAGCCCCUAAAUAAAAAUAAUUCAAUGUUUAAUGAUUAAAUACAACUAAUUAGUUAAAAAGGAAUAUAAAAUAAAGAUAAAAAUUCAGAUAUUUUUGCAGACAAUUAAAGCAUUGAUCAUUCAAUACAAAAAAGCAGCUUUAAAAGGCAAUAUAUUUUUUAACUGUUUAUUUCAAUAUCAUUGAACAUAAGCCUAUCAUUUGCCUACAGGCCACAGCAAUCCCUUUUGCAAUUGAAUUCAUCAAUCUGUUUGAUGUUGCCUCAUUAUAAGGACACGUCUAUGCACACAUAUGUCAGACGGGGGCUUUUGGAGCAUCUCACUUUGGUUGCGUCACAUCAUAAACAAUGUUUUUAGAUAACUGCAUCAAGUUAAAUGUAGUUUGAAACUUAGAAAAACACGUAAUGAAAUGCCUACCUUCAAAGAUGCACUCCGUCCAGCUGUGUUUCAAUGCAAGAACGUGUCCUCAUCAUGUGCUGUCAGUAUGUGUGGACUGUUGCCUGUACUGAAAUGCAUUGCCUCUUCAGCUGGUGUUGCGCUUACUGCCCCUUGCUGACUGGGGUUCGUAAAACAUGAAGGUGGUUUUCAAGGUUGAAUUGCUCCAAUAGUAAUUGUUUUAUAUAAUGAAUUGCACUAAAUUAACAUAUAAAAUUGAUAGCCCUAAUAAUUUGAUAUUAAAACUAUUGUAUUAAAUUACAAAGCAAUGGCAAAAAAAAGAUACAUGCUGAUUAGUGGUCCAAGACAUUUGGACCCCACUGUACUGUAUUUGGUCACAUGCACAGCUUAUUUACCAUUUGGCAUACUUGUGUUCUGUAAACUUCAAAUCCACCAUUUGAUAUACUUGUGUGCCACAAAAACCAAAUCUUAAUAGCUGAGAUAAACAAAACAACUGACUAGCAUAUACCUGUUAGUAUGGGAGUAUAUAGUAUAAAAUUGAAGUGUACUUAGCAUGAUCAUUUCUUACCUUUUAUGUUUCCUAAAUUGUUUUUAAGAAACAUCAGUGUCAGAGAAUGUUAUGUCCAAAAAUAUGAAAAACUGUUAAUGUAGGAACACAAGGGCCAACACAUUGUGGCUAACUUUGACAUCUCAGAGAAAGCAAUUGGUUUCUUGCAUUCUUCAUAAUAUUCCAAUUGUUCUUUAAGAUAUAUACUACUAAUAAUAGGUUUUAGGAGAUUUUAUUCUGAACAAACUCUUUUGAACAGGAGUACACACAGGACUGUGAAUUUUAUUUGAUGUGCCUCUCACAAAAUACUUAUUUUCAGAAUUAAGAUUUGUUUCGCACUGAUAAAGAGAAUUGGAGCACAGUUUGCCAUUUGGGCACAUAUAAAUAUGCAACAUUCUCCUUCCAGUUGAAAUAUUUGGUGUCAAAAAUGUCUCGUAUAUUUAUCUUUUCGCAAAUACAGAAUGUGAUGUGUAGAUUUUCGUAGCACACUGUGAACGGAAUUAUGUCAUACUAGCUUAAUACAUUGAUCGAAUGGUACGUGGAUGUUAAUCUUGUACUCUGAGGGUCCAGCGAGCUUCGGCAGAAAUGUGGUAGUGAUCUUCCUCGAUUCAGAACUGUGGUUCAGUCCUUCAUUACACUUGUCUGAUCAAAUUUAGUGGUUUCUGUGGCUACAUUUAUUCCCCUUAUCUUUGAACUGGGCAUAAUUGCUUCUCUUUUAAAACUACAGAAAUCAUUACAACCCCCGACCAGCCACCUUUAACAUCCCCAUCCCACCUGAGGAUAUUUUUUUAACUUUCCCAAUUUAGCACUUUGCUUUGAGUCAUGGGAAAUAAUGAAGAUAAUGUCAUUUUUCUAUUUCUUGAAGUCCUUAUUUAAUGUAAAAUGGUACGAAUCUACAAUCACCAUUUCAUAAGAUGGUUUCAAACUGCUAUUUGCUCCUGUUAUGUUUGUGCAUAAAUCUCAGCCCGUUGUGUAAUUGGAUUAAGUAUCUGUGAUCAUCCUAAUGAGAAUCUUGUAGUUUGAAUAAUGCAUUUCUUAAAUUAUUAUAUUUUUAGAUCAAUAAUGCAGGUCUGUAAACUCCUAUAAAUAUUUGCACAAAUUUGACCACUUUUGUGUCAACCCAACUCCCAUUCCUGUUCUAAGGUGUUACUAACUGUACUGGACAUGUUUGCUUUAAUUUGUUAUUUAAAUGUUUUUGUACCAUUAUUUUCACAAUACAAGCUAACAUAAUUCCUCUGUUAUUAGUUCUGUGG